CACGUUGAUAUCGGCUCCUAUCGGACUGGACUCCGCAGGCACCCGCACGCCGAACAACUCCGGGACACUAUUUUGGGUAAGAUGGGAAGAAUCCCACCAACCGCUGACCCUACAUGGUGUUACCAAUUAUGGCUGCAGUCAGCAAACAGAGGAGGAGAAGAGCAGGAAAGUGGCACUCAUAUACCCACCGCAGCGCCGCCUCACCUCGCGUUCCAUCUUUCGCCGAAAUUACAAUUCCUUUCGACCAUUUCCAUCGACAUCCCAUCGUCCUUCCGAACGAACAUAUCCUCCUCGUCAACCCGAGAAAAUCAGUUAGCGACCUUGCCUGCGAGAGAAAGGUCGUCAAGUCCUCCGGCCCGUGGCUGUACAUACCUGCCUUGUAUAUAUCUUUGUAAAAAGGGACAGGCGUGUACAUAUCUACACUAACGCCGUCCUCGAACACUAUGGAUAUAACGACCGUCAACCGCUCAUGGUCCCGCGACCUCCCCUGCGAGCUCGUGCGUCACAUCUUCUCGUUCCUAAGUAUCCGCGAGCAGGCGGUUGCAAGUGGAGCGUGUCGAUUGUGGAAGGCCGGGUUUGGGGAGACGGAUGUGCUUUCGUUGAGGGUUGGGGAGAAGGUGUUGAGCGUUGGCGCUAAGGAAGUGUUGGCGCGGUUUAAGAGGGUUGAGAGGCUAGAGCUCCAUCAAGAUGAAGAGUUCCCAAAACAUCUCCUCGAGUUCUCCAACGGUCUGGCCCGCAUGCCCAGCAUCUCCAGCUUCACCACCGAAACCUCCGACAACAUGAUCAACAUCCUCCACCCAGACGUGACCCCGCAACUCCGCCACCUGUCCGUCCGCGAAUCUCUCGAAGCGCCCUGUGAGCACGUUUACCGCAACACCAGCAGCGUGCUGGACGUCAUUUUCCGUAAGGGCCUGUCCACCAUCGAUAUCAACGUUCCCUUGCUUAUGGCUGCGGAAGGGUGGGAGGAUUUGGAGUUUGACACGGUACCGGGGUUGCAGCGGUUGACGGUCCGGAGCUUACAUUCUGACGCGAUGAUGGAGAUGGUGGAUGGGUUGUUUGGGAGGGCCCGGUUUCCGGAUUUGAUCUCCUUGACUUUGAAUGGGGACGACGCGAUGAUCUCCGUGCAGCAGAUGGAACAGAUCGUUGCAGCUUGUCCGAAUUUGAAGGAGUUGAGUCUAGGAGGAUGCUACAUCGAAGCCCGUACGCUAGAAGAUGUGCUCACCACCCUCCCGAAUGGGAUGACGCACAUGGCCUUCACGGGCUGCGAGUUCCCUCUCCCUAUUCUCCGCCCCAUCUUCGGCCUUCUCGGCGCGGAACAUAUCCUACGCUGCGUCCUCGCAAAACACCCGACUCUGACCGCGCUGGAGUUCGUCCACUGCAGAUUCAGAGACUCGAAUGUCGUGCCGACUCUGCAUGUGCCCAGUCUCGCUGAGAACAUGCUGGUCGCGCCCGGUCUUACGCGUUUGGUGCUCGUCGGUUUCGGCGGUGGCAACUACGCUCCGACAAAUGCAGUCAUCCCGCUCCUGAAAAGCUUCCCGCUGCUCACAGCCCUCCGGUUGGACGGGAUCGUCGACCAGGAGCCCCUGAUGUCAGUCACCCCGGCAUUGGCACCAGCCGCCGAGGACGACAUGAUUUCCACCCCACCAGCAUCUCUUUCGUCCGAGGAUAUCAUCACCAACUUCUCUCAACUCCACAUCCACGUCGCCCUCACGCGCACAUCCUCGACCGACAUCGCUGCGUCGGCUCUAUGGUCAUCCAUCGCCGCCUUGCCCAACCUGCAAGAGCUCGAGCUCAAGUUCUGGAGAGGUACCGGCGCCGCCGCUGUGGAGGCUGAAGCGUUGACGCAGCCGCACGUCCCCGCUGCCGCUGAACCCGAGUUUGGCAACGAUGCGGGGCCGGUAGCUACCACCACGACGAUGGGGUAUGAACCGAUGCUUAUCGAUUCGGGGUAUGGUACCCCGAUGGAGGAAGCCACCACACCAUCGUUCGCAAACCUCACCACUCUCCGCUUGCACAACCCCCGCUCCCUCCCGCGCCUGGUUACUCUCCUCCGUAACAUCCCACAGCUGAGCACUCUAGCUUUGCACAAUCUUUCCGCGGAUCAGGACGUGGUGGAAUCCUACCGCAACACGCCAUAUGCGGCAACACCAUUGCAAUUACCGCGUCUCCGUACACUCUCAAUUCAUGCGCAUGGCACGGAUUCGCCGACGCUGGUCGCGCACCUGACCCCGCAGAUUGCGGCAGCCUCGCCCGGGUUACGGGAUCUGUUCCUGAACGCCAUGCAGCCGUUCCUUCAAACCGUCUUCACCCAACGACAGACCACUUUAUCACCAUCCCACUUCUCAUCAUCAUCAAAUCAACCCCACUUUCUAACCCGCCUCCCGCAAACCCACCACCUUCGGUCUUUGACAACAAAAGGACUCGUGGUCCCCCUCGCCAGCAUCCCGCGCGCGUGGCAAAGCAGCUUACAGAAUCUGCAGAUUGCGCUGGAGCAUUUACCCGAGCUGGGCGACGAGGGCGAGGGCACGAUAGGCGCGUUCUUGGACGGGGCCAGGAGGUUGCGGACGCUGGUGGUGAAUGUGACGAGGGCGUUUGAGGGGGAUGUGCAUCUAAGAGAUGCGGGCAGUAGCAGCGGUAUGGAAAUCGAUGAGGACCUCAUCGUAUCGCAGACCAUCCCACGGCCAUCAUCAUCCUCAUCAUCACCCGACGCCCCGACGCUGAUGACCCACCAACCCGCCUCUCACACCCUCGAAUACCUGCACUCCCGCCACGCGACCCUCUGCUCGCGCUACGCCGACCGGCUGCACGCCCGCGCCCCGUGGCUGGAUACUUGUGUGGUGCGCGCGGCGGAUGUGAGGAAGACGUGGGUCAAGCGGUGGUUGUUGGAGCGGAUGGCGAGGGGGAGGGGGGCGAGGAGGGCGGGGUGAGAGGAGCUCUAUUAGGUUUGAUAGGGAAUCUGGGCUUGGAUAAUACCUAUUACUUUCUGAUCUUUGGCGUAUUGAUGGUUGGUGGCAUGUAUCUCAUAGUUUGGGACAACACUUUUCUUAUUAUGAGUAGUUUGGCAACAUUUCUUAUUUUGAGAAGUCAAGGUGAUAUUCACGAAUAAACUGCACAUGAAAGAUAUGAG